GUGCUCGAGGUGGAAGGAAGACUGUCAUACGUAUACGUUUAGGUGGUGCUUACGUUCGAAACAACACUGAUGAUCAAUAUAUUACAUUAUAUCUUAACUAACGUUAUAAAAGGAUCCAACAGCUCGUUUUACCCUUUUUUCUAUGUGAAUUAGAAUGACAAGUAAAAAAGGACACACCCUACGAAUUGAAUCAGAAAUCGAUAAAAACCGUGAAGAGGGAAAUUGGAAGAAGGUUAUAGAAUUGGCGGAACAUCUAAAAACACAAUAUCCAAGCAAUGAAUGUUUAGCAAAUUUUUUAUGCGGUGAAGGUAGAUUAGAAAGUUUUUUGGAACAAACUCCACCUGUAGAUGCAAAUAUUGGAAAAGCAAGAAAUGGACUGGCAGAAACUAGAAGAUAUUUACUUUUGGCAGCAAAUGAAAAAGACAAACAGGCUUUAGUUGUGUUGGAUGCACAUUUAUUACUUGGAAAAGUACAUUAUGCCAUGGGAAUGUAUGAAGAAGCUCUGAAUCAUUAUCAACAAGCUGAGUUGCAUGCCCUUACAGAAAAACCAUUACCUUGUAGAAGUCUACGCAUUAUUGCAGAAUCAUAUGCAAUUAAAGACACAGAGAAACAUUUAUCCUGCCGAAGACUGCGCAUUAUAGCCGAGUCGUAUGCAAUUAAAGGUCUUUGUCUGGAAAAGUUACCACCAUAUUCCAAGUCAAAAUACAAAAUAGCAGAAUGGCAAGAACAAAUCAUCAAGUGCUAUGAAAUUGCUGGGGACUUGACGUUAGUGUAUUUACAGGAACAAGACAAACUUGCAAUGCAACAUCAAAAUGGCACGUCUACCGUGAAUAGUAACAAUGCAGGUACAAAUUCUUCUCAGUCUUCAUUUUGUUCUACAAAACAUAUUGGACCAAUUUUGGAAACCACGCUACAAAGGGCACCCAUAUUAUACAUUCAAACUGGUAAUAUUCAAGGUGCUAUAAAUCGUUAUAGGGAAGUUUUAUCUGCUGUGGAGUCUACUGCAACUCAAAGUCUUAGGGUUAUGUUAACAAGGCAAUUGGCAGAGGUUUUAGUUCGAGGAAUAAGCGGUGCCGAGUAUAAACCUCCAGAACCGUCAAGUGAUACAACUGAUUCACCAUGGAAGCCAAAAAAGUAUUUAGGUCCUAACAUGUUUGUACCAAGAAACGAAUAUGAAGAAACAAUCUUACUGUUAUUGAUAAGUGAAGCUAUGGCAGUUAGAGAUGCUGUACUUAGUCAGUCCCCAGAAUUCAAAGAAGCAAGAAUACAUGCUUUUGAAAAUGCCACAGCGGUAUACGAUCUUCUCACAGUAGUUGUUGUGAGGUGGAGUCAAGUGGAUUUACUAUACGAGUCAUUUGAAAGAGCAAUGAAAUUCUCUCAUGAGGAAGCACAUGUUUGGACUCAAUGCGCACUAUGUUUAAUUAGUAUGGGCAGAUACAUGCAUGCAUAUAGGGUUUUAAGAGUGGUAGCAAGGUUAACACCACAAAAAGUAAUGCCUUGUCUUUUAAUUGCAAGACUAUGUUACGAACAAUUAAAUAUGGUAAGAGAAGGCAUUGAAUGGAGUCAAAAGGCGCUUCAAAGAGAAACAAAAAAUUCACAAGGGAUGCAGUCCAGAUGUCAUCUUUAUAUUGGAAUUGGUCAUAGUAUUCUUGCUACAAAUACUAUAGUAAAAAUGGAUAAAACGUACCAUACUAAAACAGCUUUAGAAUGUUUUCAGAAGGCACAACAAUGUGAUCCAAAUGAUCAUUUGGCUGAAUAUUAUUUGGCCCACGAAUAUGCUAUUAAUAGACAAAUUAAUGAUGCAAUGAUUCAUGUAAAAAUUGCAUUAAAUCUUCGGGCAGAACACAUUCCGUCAUUGCAUUUAUUGGUAUUAUUACUGUCAGCUCAUAAACAAUAUUCAGAAGCAUUGCAUUUAGUUAACAGUGUAUUAGAAGAAUAUCCGGAUAACUUGAAUUUCCUUUAUGUAAAAGCGCACCUUGAAUUACGAAGCAUCGGUGGUGAGCAAGCAUUGUUUACCAUAAAACAUAUGCUUUUACUUUGGAAACAUUUGUACGAAGACCAAACAAAUACUAAUUGCAAUGAACAACAUAGUGAGAAACGUAGUGAAACCAGAAGUGUCUUUCAGCUUUAUGCUUCUGAAAUGUCUGACAAAGAUUCCAGUUCCGUGCAUGCACAAUCAUUGGCUGCUUCAAGAGUAGAACAAGCGCUCUCUGAAGUUGCAUCUUCACUCAGCUCUUUCACACCAAAACCAGGACCACAAAGAGCGUGGCUGCUACAAUUACAAGUGUGGUUAUUGCUCACUGAAGUAUAUCUAGUUUUAGAUCAACCAAACGGUGCAGUUCUUUCUUUACAAGAAGCUACAAAUAUUUUUCCAUUGAGUCAUCAUAUUAUGUACACACGGGGUCUCUUACAUGAAUAUAAACUGGAAUAUAUGGAAGCAAAGCAAUGUUAUCAGAAUGCAGUUUCAAUUAAUCCUUCACACAUAAAGAGUUUACAACAUUUGGGUCUAAUUUAUCACUAUUUGGGAAGUCAGAGGUUGGCCGAAAAGACGUUAAGAGAUGCUGCAAAAAUCGAUCCGAAUUCUCAUCAGACAUGGUAUAAUUUGGGAAAGGUGUUGGAAUCCUUAGGUGAAGUAGAAGCAGCAAGCGAUUGUAUGGCAACAGCAUUGGAAGUAGAAACCACAAAUCCAAUAUUACCAGUUCUCUCAAUACCAGUAACCUUUGAAUGAUUCAAAACUAUAAGUAUUUAAAAAAGGACGUUCAAAAAAGUCACAGUUUAUUCUGCAACAUUGAAAUUUCUUUACCCUUCUGGGUAAUAGUACCUGCUUAUCUCUACACUGUUACAUUAUUGUAUAAAUAAAUGGAUUAAUUAAAAAUAUAUUAGAACUGUACAAAUAAUUUAAGAAAGAUCACUGUAAGAAAUUCUAAUAAAGAAAAUGCUAUGAGACCAAAAAA